AACCUACGGAUACGAGACACGCCCCUCUUUACAAGUAAACAAAAAAGCUAUUGUCUGUACUAGCUGUGCAAAGAAAUGGAAGAAGCAGUGUUGAAAGAUGCUUAUUUUCGGCUCUCUCCAGUGACUGAUCGCGCUGCAGGCAUAGUAGCAGGCCUGAGGAGAAUGCAGCAGACUGGAGAGCUCUGUGACGUCACCUUCAGCACAGAGUGUGGAAGCAGUGUGUCUGUACAUAAAGCAAUCAUGGCUGCAGCUAGUCCUUACUUCAGAGCAUUGUUUGCAUCAGAUAUGGCAGAGAAAAAUCAAGAUCAAAUACUCCUAAAAGAAAUUGAUUUCAAUGUCCUGCAGUUUAUCAUUGCAUUCGCUUAUAAUUCCCAAGCAGCUCUCCCUAAGGACCGUGUACAGGCACUGCUUUUUGGAGCUGAUUUAUUCCAGAUUCUAGAUAUUGUCGAGGCUUGCUGUAAAUUUCUCACUACUCAAAUGAAGCCUAGCAACUGCCUCGGGUUUGCUGCACUGGCUGAGCUACAUCACUGCAAGUGGUUUCAAGAAACCUGCACGGAAUAUGCCCUCAAGCAUUACGAGGAGGUUGUUUGCACAGAAGAAUUUCUUUCCCUUCCGUGCGAUCAACUGAAACAGCUAAUUUCUCGAGAUGAGAUUCGAGUGUCUUCCGAAGAGACUGUGUACAAUUCCGUACUCCAGUGGGUUUAUUAUGAUUUGCCCUCAAGAAAAGAAAUGGUUGCAUCUGUCAUGAGUUGCGUACGCCUACCUUUUGUUUCCACUGACUUUCUUGCCAAUCAUGUGGAGCAAGAAGACCUAUUGCUCUCGGAACAAGUGUGCAAGAAUUACAUACAAGAGGCGGUUUUGUAUAAAUUUUCACCGGAAAAAAGGCCAAAUCUUCGGAACAGUCCGCGAACAAGACCUCGUAUACCGAGUGGUCUUCAAGAUGCUAUUGUAGCCAUCGGAGGAAUGAGCAGAGGUGGACCAUUGUCAACGAUAGAACAAUUUGAUUCGACAACAGACACUUGGGUAACUCUGGCUGAUCUAAGCAGCCCACGAUAUGGUGUAGCUGCGUGUUGUCUGGACGGCUGUCUGUACACUAUUGGAGGCUGUGUUAACGAGUUGUCUGAAUCUGUGCAAUGCUAUAAUCUUUCUAAGGGACAGUGGAUUCCUGUGAAUUCAAUGCACUUUUCAAGAAGGUACCACAGAUGUGCAGUUUUGUAUGGUCUAAUUUAUUCCGUUGGGGGCCAAAAUUCCGUGGGUGUGAGCAGCUCUGUUGAGAGAUACGAUCCAACCACUGACGCUUGGACAUUUGUACAGCCGAUGAUGGAAGCACGAUCCUAUCACGGUCUCACAGAACUGGGCGGUUUACUGUUUGCUAUAGGAGGUCAUAAUGGGCACUCACGACUUAAAUCAGCUGAGUUUUACGAUCCUUCGGUUAAUCGUUGGAAGUCUGCCUGUCCUCUCAAUGCACCGAGGUCUGUGCCCGGGGUUCAAAGGCUAGGAGGUUCGAUUUAUGUUGCUGGUGGAUUUGACGGAAAGGUCUUUCUCGAUUCUGUCGAGUGCUAUGAUAUAGAGCUUGAUAAGUGGCUACCUUGCCCGGGUCUCAACAGAGGAAGGUGUGCGUUAGGAUUGGUCAGCUAUGAGGGUUGUUUGUAUGCGUGCGGCGGUUUUGAUGGAAGUUUUGUGAAGUCAGUGGAGAGAUUAACGCUAGGUGCUGAUGUCUGGGAACCAUGUACUGAUAUGACUGUUGCCAAGGCUCAUUUUGGAAUUACAUGCACUUGGAGCAAUUGAUGUGUCCUAUUCUUGAAUAAUUAAGGCUUAUUAAAUAUUUAUACGCUAUAUCUCCCUCCAUCCCACUUGUUUUGAAAACGUACGUAUUGGUUCAAUAAACUUGAAAAAAGUCUUGUAUCUAAAUACAACAUAAAUACAUGUGAUUUAGCCUACAACCAAAACCAAUGGAAAAAUCAAAUGAU